AUGGCAUUGGAUACAUUGGAUUUCGCUGUAAUAGCAGGCUUGGCUUUGGCAGUAGCCUUUUAUUUCGGAAAGGACUUCAUCUUUGGGUCUGAUAAUGCCACAUCAGCUGGCUUCGUCGCUGGUGGCGAUGAAAAUGAUCGUGAUUUAGGAGCAACAUUGAAGAAGAAUAAGAAGAAUGCAGUUGUAUUUUUCGGCUCGCAAACUGGUACUGCUGAAGACUAUGCUACCAAGUUAGCCAAGGAAUUACAUUCUAAGUUCGGUUUGUCGGUCCUUAUUGCCGAUAUGGCUGAUUAUGACUACGAAAACUUUCAUGAUUUGGAUCCAGAUUAUCUCUACUUUUUCCUUGUUGCAACUUAUGGUGAAGGAGAGCCAACAGACAAUGCUGUUGAAUUUUUUAACUGGUUGGAUGGUGAUGCUGACCAGAUCUCCAAUGUCAAAUAUACUGUCUUUGGCUUGGGUAAUUCCACUUAUGAGUUCUACAAUGCCAUGGGAGCGAAAUUGAAUGAGCGUUUUGAGGCAUUAGGCGCUGAGAGGAUUUCGCCGUAUGGACAAGGCGAUGACGGAGUUGGAACCAUGGACGAGGAUUUUUUGUCCUGGAAGGAAGAAUGCUUUGAUUCUCUCAAAAACAAUUUGGACUUGGAAGAGCGUGAAGUGGAGUAUGAGCCUUCUUUCAAAUUGAUUGAGGAGGACAUUCUGGCAACUUCAGAGGGUGUCUCAAAUGGUGAGCCAAAUAAGGCCUAUGUCGAUAUGAAAAAAGAUUUGACGAAGGGUCCAUUCGACCAUACACAUCCCUACUUGGCUCCAAUUAAAGAGACGCGCGAGUUGUUCCUGUCCCAUGAUCGGGCAUGUGUUCACGCCGAGUUCGACAUCUCUGAGUCAAAUCUCAGAUACUCAACCGGAGACCAUUUGGCAAUCUGGCCAUCCAACUCCAAUGAAAAUGUUUUGCGCUUCCUCGAUUGCUUUGGAUACGUCAAGCGCAAAGAUGAAGUCUUUUCACUUAAAGCUUUAGACUCCACAGUUCUGAUACCAUUUCCUGUUCCUAUUACGUAUGAAGCAGCAGUUAGGUAUCAUAUGGAAAUUUCAGGCCCUAUCUCUAGACAAGCAUUGGCAUCUAUCGCUCCCUUCGCUCCAAACGAGGAAUCCAAGAAGGAGGCUUUGAGAUUGGGUUCUGACAAAGCUUUGUUUGCGCAGCAGAUCCAUGCAAAUUACUUGAAUCUUUCUGACGCUCUUUUGAAAAUCUCAGGUGGUGUUAAAUGGGAGUCUGUUCCGUUCGUUUUCUUGAUUGAGCUCAUGCCAAGUUUGCAGCCUCGAUACUACUCCAUCUCAUCUUCCUCGCUAUCUGAGAAGACAUCCAUUCAUGUAACAGCAGUUGUGGAGAUAGAGAAGCACGGUGACCACACUGUCAGUGGUGUGGUCACUAACUUGCUCAAGGAUGUUGAAGUUCAUCAAAACGGUACUAAAUUUGUCCACAACAUCAACUACGAUUUGAAUGGGCCUCAAAAUAAGUUCAAGGGCUUCAAGUUACCAGUGCAUGUGAGGAGAUCAACGUUUAAACUACCUUCCAAUCCGGCCACUCCAGUCAUUUUGGUAGGCCCAGGUACUGGUGUUGCUCCUAUGCGUGGCUUCGUAAGGGAACGUGCCAAACUCCAGAAGCAAGAUGCCAAUGCUACUAUCGGAAAAACUCUCUUGUUCUACGGUUGCAGAACUCUGGAUGAAGAUUUUCUUUACAAGGAAGAAUGGCCCGAAUACGCGAAACAAUUGGGAGACCUGCUUGAGAUGGAUGUGGCCUUUUCAAGGGAGCUGGCAAACAAAGUCUACGUCCAAGAUAAAAUUUUGGCAAGGGGUCAGAUCAUUGACGAGCUUUUAAAGACUGGGGCCUACAUAUAUGUUUGUGGAGAUGCUUCUAAAAUGGCCAGAGAUGUACAAUCAACUUUUGUCAAGAUUAUCUCUGAACAAAGAGGUCUUUCCGAGGAGAAAGCUGCAGAAUUGGUGAGAUCCCUCAAGGUACAGAACCGCUACCAGGAGGAUGUCUGGUAA